UCAGACACACGUCAAGGUGUGGCGAGUCAUGGGGAGGAGGCCAGUGCCUCAAGUGUCACUGGAAAUACUUUGCGGAAUUUCCCCCUCAUGUCUUGUUGGCUAUCUUUUGAAGGAGGGAAGUCCAAAUGCGACGGAGUAGCAAGAGUGUCGACGCUGGUUGAAGUCAUAUUUUGCGGACUCUGAGCCUUUUAUUGCUGCAAGCGCCACCCACGGGAUCGGCAAUGGAAAUAGCCUAAAACACCUGGAAAGAGAGCUCCUUCCAUUCCCUGCCCCUUACUACCUACCUACCAUCUCUCAUGGCCAGUCUGCGGAGAUUCAGCUCCGAGGGAUCCCUCCUGGAUCUUGAUUCCUUCCCAUGGAGGAAGACGGAACUAAAGAGAGCAGAAAAGGACAAGCGCCGAGAAUCUGGCACAUACUCACUUGAUGUCGCUGAAGUCGAGAUAGGUGGAGAGCAGCGUCCGAUCGUUCAGGAGCCAAGUACCAAGAGAGAACUCGUUAAGGAGGUCAGUGUCAGUGUGGAGGACCUGAGAGAGCUGGACAAAAAGAGCAAGAGCCACCUGGACGUUUGUGGCUUCGGCGAAGGCUAUCGGGCCUACAGUGACGGCCAACUGGCCCCGGCUGCAAAGGGAAGCACGGAGAGUGUCGAAAGAGAUGAGCUACCUUCUCCAUCCGCGUCACUUUUCUCCCAUCCAUUUUCGCCUAAAUCUCAGCAUCGGCACCAGCAUAAGGCCAAACUUUCAGCAGCUAAACUGCACCUGAAGAAUCUGUUUGGCCAGAGUCCCCAUUCCUCAAACUCCAACCUUUCAAACACAGAACCCAAAGACAGCGCCAAAGAGAGGAGGUCGCGCCUGCUCUUCAUGCGUCAGUGGAGCCAGGUGGGCCACAACAGGAGGCACGCAUUAAGUCGAGAAGAACUCGAAAAAUGGGGCGAGUCCCUGGACUACCUGCUGGCCAGUCCCACCGGCCUUUCGGUGUUCGGGGCAUUCCUACGUGCCGAGUUCAGUGAGGAAAAUCUGCAGUUCUAUCUGGCCUGCGAGCAGUACAAACAAUCGUCCCACAACUUCAGCUUGCAAAGGAGGGCAAAGGACAUCUGCGACACUUACAUCCGACCCGGUUCGCCUCGGGAGGUGAACAUCGAUAGCAAGACCAGGGAUCUGACCAUCCGUCUGCUGCAGGCUCCUUCUCACACGUCUCUGGCCCUCGCGCAGAAGCGCAUCUACUCGCUGCUGGACACAAACUGUUAUCACCGCUUCAUCCAGUCCAACAUCUACCUCUCUUUACUCCGGGAGGCCGACUAGCAGAGCAGAGCCGGGCCGAGCCGAGCAGAGGCAUUUUGAUUGCAGAAUGCGAUGGAUGGCCUCGGAUACUCCCGCACCAAAAGGACUACUAGAGCAAGAAUAAUCAUGUCAUAAUAAAAACACAAGAAUAAUAAAUGAGAUAAAAGACUGCUCUGAGAAUAAAGCGAUUUUUUUUUU